AUGCGUUCCUCGUUCGACCCGCAGAAAUUAUUGAUCAACGAGAAUGAUACCAAGGUUUCUCAAAAGUUCUUAGAGAUAUAUUUCGGAUCUGCAAGUCAAUUAAGUCUUCCGCGGUCUGAGGAACUCGAAAUUCCGACAAAUCAGUUAUUGGAUUUGAAAAACGAACUUGCCAAGCUUAGAGUUUCUUUGCAGAAAUCUAAGCUUCAAUAUCAGAGCGAGAUUCAGCCGCUUAAUCAGGCUCUGGAGCAGUUCCAAGCCACGAGAUAUUUGAAUCAAAGAAUGAAUCAGACUAUGACACCAAAUAAGUUUGAACAGAUGCCUAAACCAACUCCAUCGCAAAAACAGUCUGCUCAAAAUAGAAAUAUGGUGAAAAACGAAAAACUCAAUAAUACAAACAGAGGUUCAGAACGCAGUGUACGAGCUCUUCGUGACCAAGCUGAACGAGCUACAGGGAACCCUCUAGAUAUAUGGUACAGAUCUGAGCCUAUGUUCGCAGCUUUGCCAUCAGCUGAAGAAAUUAGCGCCGUUUUUAAAGCAACGAUAGAUAGAUCAUUACAAGGAGCAUCUUUGACAUUAUCACGAGUUACAGAGUCCCAAGUUCAUUGGAGUCAGACUCUUCUUGAAAAAGUAUCAAAACUUAUGAAGGAUAACAAAAGGAAUUUAAAACUACAACCACCACCAGGUCCACCUCCUUCGCCAGAUGAUAUUUCCGACUACUGGAUAGCUAAUCCUCCUCCUUUUCCAAUAGAAAAUAUGCAAAAGAGAAAUUGCUCAACCAUGCACUACCUUUUAUCAUCAUUAGUUGAAACCAAACCGAUAAAGCCAUCUACACCUCGCAAAAAAGAUCAAUUUCUCCCUUUGAAUGUUUUGGCGCCAAAAUUAGAAUUCGACAGAUACUUAUGCCUUGACUUUGAUGAUCGUCUUGGCCUUGAGCUCAAGAGUAUUGGGCUCGACAAGAACGAUGGCCAAAGUCUCAGUCAUAAAGAUACAUUUGCAGAUGAAGUCGCCAAACACCAAGCACAAAUCAGAGAACUUAUACCACGGGUCGAAGAGAGUCAAAAGCUGCUUCUAGAUAAACUUCCUCAGUUCGCAAAACUCGAAGAACAGCAUUUUUGGGAACAACAGUAUUACAACGAGCUUUUUGCUCUCUCGCAAAAAAAGGGCCGCAAGAAAUAG